GAGGGGCGCGCGCUGGUCGAGCGGAAGUGACGCGUGGGCCGGCUGAAAGAAAAGACAGACGUUCGCGCACAAGCGAUCGCGCAAUAGUCAAAUAAAAGAGCGAACGCUGCGCCGCGGAUUCCUGCUGGUCUUCAGAAUUGCGACUGACUGAGGAGGAGGAUGGCGAGGAAGAGCGGUUAUAAAGAUGUGUCAGGAGUGGUGUUCGACACGCACUCGAAAAUGGUCAUGUCUCAAGGAGGAUCGUUCGAGAAGAUGAAGGAAAAGAUAAACGCCGUGCGAGCCGUGGUUCCCAACAAGAGCAAUAAUGAGAUCGCUCUGGUGCUGCAGCACUUCGAGAACAGCGUGGAUCGAGCGGUGCAGGCGUUUGUGGAAGGCGGGGCCGUGGAGAUCCUGAAGGAGUGGAAUGUCACUGGGAAAAAGAAGCCCAAGAAGAAAAAGAAGCCGAAAGCACAAACAGACGUUCCCGCAGACUCGACUCCUGCUGAAUCGACUCCGGACGCUGAGUGUCAGGAAGCUGUUAAUGGUUUCCAUGCCAACGGUUCAGCAGCGGCUGAUGGUGAUUCGCUGGAUUCUCUGAGCGAGCAGCUGGACUCCGCCUCCCUGGACGCUGCGGAGCUCGACUUGGAAACUGCUGCCCCUGAGGUUUCAGCGGCCACAGAUGGAGGCGUGGCGUCCACAUCAAACCCCGCCCCUCAGCCCAGCACCAAUAACGGAGAGCGACAGAACCAUCACAGAACCAGUAACAAGUCUCAAGCCAAGCCUGUUUCCAGCUCCCAUAAUCCCUCUGCGCCCGUUCUGUCCAGCGACACACAGCGAGGUCCUGCCGGCAGAAAGAUGGGGCCUAACGUCGAUCGCUCCGUGAAGGACCUGCAGCGAUGUGCAGCGUCACUGUCCCGCUAUAGAGUCGUGGUGAGAGACGAGAUGGACUCCUCUAUCAAGAGCAUGAAGCAGACGUUUGCUGAGCUGCAGAGCUGUCUCAUGGAUCGAGAGGUGACGCUGCUCACUGAGAUGGACAAAGUCAAAGCCGAAGCCAUGGCGAUUCUGGACGGCCGUCAGAAAAGAGCAGAGGAGCUGAGGAGACUGGCUGACAAAUCAGCAUCACUGACAGAGGAGCAGCUCGCUGAACUACGGGCUGACAUCAAGCACUUUGUCAGUGAACGCAAGUAUGACGAGGAUCUGGGUAAAGCUGUGAAAUUCUCCCAUGAUCUGGAGCCUCUGAAGUGCAGCAUCAUGUCGUUUGGAUCAGUGUAUCAUCCUCAGACGGGCUACUCCAGCCGUUCUCGUUGUAGCUCCACCUCUUCCUCUGUCACAGGCUCCGCCCCUGCCAAAGCCCCGCCUCCCUCUGAGCUCCAGCAUCCUCAGGCCUCUGCUUACACGGGCCGUCCCAGCGUGCCACACAAACAGAUUUUCCAGGGCAACCGGCGCAUCAUUCACGGUUACCAGGGCAAUCAGCGAUAUAACGGAAACACGCAUGCCGAGCGAAACCCCAGCCGAAGCAGCUACCGCUAUCAGGGAGAGCACGGUCACCAGAGUGACCUCAACUCUCAGCCGACCAAUAGCGCGAGAGGCUCCUCCCACUCUUCAGGCUAUCGCUCAGAUCGACCCGCCCACAACGGGCUUCCACAGAGGCAGCCGCGGACGCACGGCCCGUGAUGCCCCACACACACACACACACACACACAGAGCUGUCCGAUGAAGAGAAAGUCAAGUUUACAUCAGUUGAGCUGCGGCUCGACUUCUGCUCUUCACUCUUCUGUCUUGCUCUUCUUUCACACUUGUCUGUCACAUUAGAGUUCAGUGUUAGUCUCAGUAGUUCCUGUGGUGAGUGUUUGCUCGUGGGCUUCCUCUUUCAAACGGUCAGAGUCGAGGAAAGCGAUUCUCAGAUGAUCAACACUAAGGCGGCAGGCAGAGUUUGUUCUAGUGGGCUGCGAGUAGUUUGUUUUAGUUAGUCACGUUGUCAUCGAUUGAAGCCAGUGUGUGCUAAAGCACGAGUCUUCACGAUCACGAUAUACCUCACAUUCAUCUGCUCUCAAGGCCUCAUUUCACGCUGCGCUGUUCUUCUGCGCUCAACGUCAGCUUCCUUUAGCCUUUCUGAAAGCCUCCGUUUGGAAAGCAUCUGCGCUUACGUUUGCAUGCUGGGAUAUCAGAUUGACAAACGUCUGUGUGUUUGAUCAGGAAAGCUCUUCUGUCUGGAUUGUUUUGCUGACAUUGAGUCUGUCUGUGUGUCUCUCUUUUAUUUCUGAAAGCUUGAUGUCAUGAUGAUCAGCACUCUUCUCUGCUCAAUCCUGUAUAUAUGUAAACUAUAUGUAUAAUGUUUUGUAGCCUCCGGCCAUGUAUGUAGUGUGAUUUUUAGUUCUCUGAUUGAACUCCGUUAUCAAGCAACUUCUGUUCUUCCUUGUAUAUGGAGAGAGAGAGAGACUCGUUUGUUUUUUCCCCCCAAAAUGAUCUGAGACCGCUGUAAUCAAGUGCCUUCAGUCAUGCGCUUUCAUUGUCUCGUUCCUUCUGCUCCGGUGCGGACCAAAGACGUCAGAUGCCGUCGCCUGCUCCUGUCAUGCGAACUGCACUAGCAAACACUCCAUGUCUUUCUCGCUAAUUGGCCUACUUGCUUUUCCUUUAUUAUAAAUAAAGAAGGAUUGGUAGCAAAUGCUGAAA